CUUCAGUGGAAAUACGUCGGAUUUCCUUCCGCACUUUCCAAGGCGCUCCUCGCAAUUCCCUCUCCCUUCCUCAUAUCCCGCGCCCCUUCUCCCCAGCCGCGUCCCGGAGCCAGGAGCGGUGCUUUUUCUCCAUCGGCAACGGCUACUGCUUUGGUUUUGUUUUCGUGGCAGUUCAAGAUCACUUCUUUUUCCUCCCAAUCUGUCGUCCUGGAAUUCAAAGCAGUCGUGUAAAGUUACUAUCAAGCCAUAUAAUUCUGCAGGUCAUUUGGCCAAAAUAUACUGAAUGUAUGCUUUGUAGUGCCUUACAAGUGAGAAUCAAUGGUUAGUGGUACCCGAUCAGGACGUCUCAAUAAGGAUGAAGGCACUAGCAACUCAAAGACUAGGAGUGCUGGGGAAAUAGUGAAAGAUAUGAACGGUUCCAUCGCUUCUGGUUCAACAGCAAAUGGCAGCUCAAAAUGCAGAAAUGGUAAAAUCAAUUCAAAAGAUAUCAAAAGUCCAAUCACCCUGGGCAAUGCAUCAAUGGAUUCAUCUAAUUUGAGAAGGCCUGCUAGGGGAGCACCUAUGAAAAAAAUGAGUGCAUUUUCUAGAUUGCAAAAAUCUGGAAGGCCUGAAAAUCGAACUCCAGGUUCUUCAGAUAAGUGGAAGUUGGAAGGAAGUGAGAAGAAAAGGCCACAAAGCCCUUUGAGAAGGUCAGAGAGAAUUGAGAAGUACAAUGCUUCAAGUUCAUCUGGUUCAAAGAUGUCCAACAAAAGCUCAAGUCCACUGAUGCAGAAGAAGAAAGUGAAGGAAGUGAACAAUGAAGAAAAAUUAGUGGAAUCAGUCACCAAAGAAGAGAGCAAGGACAAGAAGAUUGAUGUUAAGAAUGAUGGAUUGUUGAAAAAGAGGAAGAGAUUGGAUGCACGCAGUUACAGGGCAUCACUUAAGCCACAGACAAAGAAACCCAAAAGUUCAGAUGCUACCAUACUGCACCAGAAAGAUGUUGCAUCACAUGGAGAUAAAAUUGAUUCUGGAGCUAGUGAUUGUACGAAGUUGCAAAAAGAUGGACAUGGAUGCAGUGAAAGAAAGGGAGAGGAGCUUAGGUGGAAAUGUCCCAAUGAAAAUUUUGAAGAAGCUGGGGAGGGUUCUAGUUCUGACUCAAAAGAUCUUGUUGAGGUGACAUUGGGAACCGAGGGAAAAAGAAAGAUACCUAGUUCUAGCAUGAAACAUGAAUUUAUUGAGACUAAUGAGCCUGAAACUGAAGGUAGUUGCUCACAAUCAAAGUGCUGUGGUAUUUUGUUACAAUCGUCCCCAGUUGGAAGCACUGCCAAAGAGAAUAGUGGUGGUGAUGUUCGAAGAGAUAAUGAUGUUGAAGCUGACAGAAUUAACGCAUGUGGAUUUGAUAGAGAGGAGCUUGGAACUGCAGAACUUGUAGAGUCUUCCGCUGAAGAUAGGGCCCUUGCUGGUGAUCUUUAUCCAGAAAGUGCGGCCAUUUCAGUAAGACCAUCAAGUAAACAAAUCCUUAUUCUGGAAACUUCCACGGCAGAUGUAUCAUCCUCAUCUCCUUCCAUGACUGAAAAGAAAAAUUUGGAGCAAUGCGCAGUGUGCUCUAAACUUAAAAGUAUUUCUGGCAGGGUGCAAGACUCUGAAGAUCAGGAAUUAUGUUCAUGUAAACACACAACAGAACUAGAGCAGGAAGUCUUAGAGACAGUUAAUGCAUUGGAAAAUCCACACAAAGAUGAGACUGUUGCUGGGUGCCAUCAAGGGGUUGAAGCUAAAGGAAAUUCAGUACUAGAAACUAGAGAACAGUUUGCUGGAACUGCAAUGCAAAGCUUAAUAGCAUCAACUGAUACUGUAUAUGUCAACGUUUCUAUGGAUGGGGAUAGGGGAAGACUUGAAUUCAGUGACUGCAUAGGUGCUCCAAAUGAGCAGCCUGGCGCAACUUACUUGAAGGAGUCCUCAAGGGAAAUUCAAACAGAAAGUGAUGCCAAUGCCUGCAUCAUCUGCAGGCAUCCUGGACUGCUUUUAUGUUGUGAUGGGAAAGGUUGCAAAAGAAGCUACCAUCUUACUUGUCUGGAUCCACCUCUGCAAAUUAUCCCUCCUGGCCUUUGGCUUUGUAUACGUUGCGUGAAAAAAAAGAUAGAGUUCGGGGAACACUCAGUAUCUAAGGGGAUUGAAUCUGUUUGGGAUGUUAAAGAGGGAAUGCAGAAUGUCAAGGUUUAUCUUGUCAAGUAUGAAGGUGUUUCCCAUGUCCAUAACCGUUGGAUUCCGGAAAGCCAAAUGCUUCUUGAAGCUCCUACACUUGUAUCUAAAUUUAAUAGGAGAUAUCAGAAAGAGAAGGUCAUAAGGUGGAAGCAAGAAUGGACUGAGCCUCACAGGUUGUUGCAGAAAAGGUUGCUGAUGCCCCUGAAAUUGGCUGAUGAGUUUUUUUGUGGGCUUGGCAAUAAUAUUUCACAUUGUUAUCAUGAGUGGCUUGUGAAAUGGAAAGGGCUUGAUUAUGAGCAUGCUACUUGGGAGUUUGAAAACUCACCGUUUUUAUGCUCAUCUGAUGGGAAGAUGCUUAUAAAAGAUUAUGAGACUCGCUGUGAGGAGGCAAAAAAAGCCUAUGAUCCUUCAAGAAUUGAGAAGGCUUCACAGGUGAAGAAAAAUCCUUUCUAUAAAUUGCCCAGGCUGCCUGAUGGGUGCCCACCUGGACUUGAUAAUGAUCAUUUAAAUUCUGUUAACCGGCUUCGUGAGUUUUGGCACAAGUCCCAAAAUGCUGUUUUCAUUGAUGAUCAGGAGAGGGUUGUUAAAUCCAUAUUAUUUAUAAUAGCCUUACUAUCUCAUGCAUGUCGCCCUUUUCUCAUCAUUUCAACCAUCACAUCUCUGUCCUUAUGGGAAGCUAAGUUCCAUCGCUUAGCACCCUCUAUUAAUGUUGUUGUUUACAAUGGGAGUAAAGCUGUUCGUAAGAUGAUUCGAACUCUAGAAUUUUAUGAAGAAGGCGGCUGCAUAAUGUUUCAAGUGCUUUUAUCACAUCCUGAUGCUAUUGUUGAGGACUUUGAAAAUUUAGAAUGCAUUGGCUGGGAAGCAAUUAUAGUUGACGAGUGUCAAAACUCGAGAGUAUUCAAACACUUUGAACAAUUUAAGAAUCUUUCCGCUGAUUUCAAGCUUCUCCUUUUAAGUGCACCAUUGAAGGAUAGCCUUGCUGAAUACAUCAACCUGCUCUUGUUCCUUGAUUCAGGAGGAAAAGAGAAUUGUAUCAGUAAUUUAAAGUUUGAUCAUAAUGAUCAUGCUGGUACACUUGCUAUAUUAAAAGAGAGAUUAGCACGUUAUUACGCAUAUGAGCGCAAACCAGACUCCUCAAAGUUUAUAGAGUACUGGGUUCCUGUUCAGUUUUCAAAUGUGCAGCUUGAACAAUAUUGUUUCACAUUAAUUUCAAACUCCAUUGCUCUUCGUUCAUGUUCAAAAAUUGAUCAUGUUGGAGCUCUUCGUGACGUUCUUAUAUCUACUCGGAAGUGCUGCGACCAUCCUUACCUAGUUGACGAAUUGUUGCAAACUUCACUAACCAAAGAUCUUCCAGCAGUCAAUAUUUUGGAUGUUGGAGUAAAUGCAAGUGGAAAAUUACUGCUACUUGAUAAGAUUCUCAAAGAGAUCAAGAAUCGAGGGUUAAGAGUGUUGAUACUUUUUCAGUCUAUUGGUGGGGCUGGAAGGAAUUCAAUUGGUGAUAUCUUGGAUGAUUUUCUUCGUCAGAGAUUUGGUGCUGAUUCGUAUGAACGUGUUGACAGUGGAUUGGUUCUGUCAAAAAAAUUGGCUGCAUUGAAUAUGUUUAAUGAUAAGGUGAAAGGGAGAUUUGUGUUUUUAAUUGAAAAUCGUGCAUGUCUCCCCAGUAUCAAACUUUCAUCAGUUGAUGCUAUUAUUAUUUAUAAUAGUGAUUGGAAUCCAUUGAAUGACCUAAGAUCUCUCCAGAAAAUAAGCCUUGAAUCGCAGUUUGAACAGGUAGCAGUGUUUCGUCUAUAUUCAUCUUGUACAAUCGAGGAAAAAGUCUUAAUAUUUGCGAAGCAAGAUAUGAUUCUUGAGAGCAAUAUACAAAGCAUAAGCCCUAGUGUUAGCCAUUCACUUCUUAGCUGGGGCGCCUCAUACCUUUUCAGUAAACUUGAUGAGUUACACCAGCAGGAGAACCGAAAUAAUUGUUCUGAAAAUUCCAGUGACAAUUUACUCUUGGAUAAUGUAGUGCUCGAACUGUUAACAAAAUUGUCCAGCAAGGCUGGAGCUCGGGAUCCUAGCAACUGCUCAAUUUUGAUAAAAGCACAGCAGAGUGGAGCAUCCUAUUCAAGAAAUAUUAUGUUAGUUGGUGAGAAGGAUGGAAUCUCCUCAUUGGAUAAAGAUCCACCUAGCUUCUGGUCACAUUUAUUGGAUGGAAAAUAUCCUCAGUGGCGUUAUAUAUCUGAGCCAUCUCAGAGGAGCCGCAGAAAGGUUCAACAUCCUGAUGAUUCUCUGAAGACACCAGAAGCAGUAAAUGAUGAGGUAAAGAAAAAGCGUAGAAAAGUAGCUAGCAACAUUGUUGAUCCAACUUCUUUGCAAAGUUGGCUUCAUGAUAAAAGAAAAGAAGCAGCUGAGGGCAAGGAUUUUGUACUGCCUGCAAACUCGGCUCAAUGUAGCUCCAGUCAUCCAUCCCUUAAUUCUCCACGGAAAGAACCACUGGUUCCAAGCACAAUGACCAACGAACCAGAAUUAUCGGGAGGUCGAACGAAUGUUGUGACACGACACACAGUCAGUUCAUGCAAUGUUAUGAGUCAUGCAAUCCAUAAUCAGAGUGUAUCUCCCAUGUCUCUUGAUGAUUCAGGUGUACAUAGACAUGAAGGGAGGGAAAAAUUGAUGAAUGCGCAGAAGAGCCUUCAUGCCCAAUUGAAGCCGGAGUUAUCAAAACUAUGCGACACUCUGAGACUUUCAGAUGAUGUCAAGAGCACAGCUGAAAUGUUUCUCGAGUAUAUUAUGAAUAAUCAUCAUGUUAAUCGGGAACCAGAAGCCUUAUUGCAAGCCUUCAAGAUAUCCCUGUGUUGGUGUGCUGCAUCUCUUUUGAAACACAAGGUGGAUCACCAGGCAUCAUUUGCGCUUGCAAAAAAGUACCUGAACUUUGAGUGCAAUGAGGAGCUGGCUGAAUUUAUUUAUUAUAAACUGCGAAAAGUAAAGAAAAAGUUUUCUCAUCAAACAGGUGCAUUAAGGAAAGAAGAUGAGCCAAAUUCGGUGGAGAAUCAGUCAUCUCUAUCAGGGAAAGAUAUUUCCAGAGAACCUGUGCAUGAGAUGACUCCAAAUUCAGCAGCAUCUCAUCGUCAGGAAACAGAAGGAAUUGAACUCAGAGAAAAUCCUCAUGGUCGUAGGUGCACUGAACAGAAAAUAUUGGUGGGGCAGGAGCAGGUUCUUGUGACUCCAAUGCUUCAGCAUAACAUUGGGUCAUUAAAAGAUGAACUCCUGAAAAAACGAGUCGAUUUGAUUCAUAAAAUUUGUUCGAGAAGGGCAGAUGAGCUAAUGGCGAAACAACAACUAGAAAUUUCAGAUUUCAACAUACACAAGGAAGAGGAGAAAAUGAAAUUGAAGAAAACUCAUGUUUUGGAUUUGGAACUCAUCCGCGCUAUACAUACAGAUUCUACAGUAAGAAAUGACAAGAUAAGAUUGCUAACUCAAGAAUUCUCCAAAAAAAUGGCUGCAUUUGAGGAACGCAUGAAAUGCAGGCGUAGUAAUCUUGAAGCUAUGCAGUUAAAUGCAAGGAAUAAAGAGGAGCAGAUAAAGGAUCACUGGGUGGAAGAAGCUAAAGCUGGUAAACUAGCAGAAUCAUUUGAUAGCAUUCCUCUGCCAGAUUCUGGUUUUGGGGUGGAAGAGUUCAAAGAGGUAAGAGAGCAAAGUGGUAUGUGUGAUGGUUCAGGAAACAUGGUGUUUCAAUCUGGGCCAUCUUCGGAUCCUCUACUCACUGAUGUGACAACAGAUGUUGUGGAACCUAUUGAUUUGACAGCCAAGUAUUCUGAAAAAUCUGCAAGAAAUCCCACUGGAGUGGCAGAGGGUGUACCCAUAGAACCUGAAACUGUAGUUUCUCAGUCCAACAACAUGAAUGAAAUGGAAUCUGUUGAACCAAGUAGCGCAUCUGGGGAAAUUCCAGAGAGUAUUUCACCGGGAGAGACAGGUAACUUGCCUACCAGAACUGAAGAUCCAGCUCCUCAGGCCAGUAUCAUGAAUUCAGAAGGUAGCAGGCCUGACGGAAUUGUCUCUAGAGCAACAACAGCUGUUGAUAGCGAGAGAGUUGUUGGUGCAGAUAAUUCUGAUGGUGCAUGGUUGAUAUCUCCCCAUCUGCAAAGCCAUGCCCAGUCUCCUUCCCUUGUCAAUGCUUCAACAAGCUCUGGCUGUCGAAACAGUGUCACGUCUAAUCAGGAACACUUUAUCUGUGAACAUGAAAGGCCUCCAGCAUCUGUUGGAGUGAUGGGUGAUCAAGGCCCUGGUUCUUCCCUACAAAUUGCGGUUCCUCCAUUACAUUCCAUUGAUGUUGUCCAUUCACAAGUUGAACAAACAAAUCAGAAUGCCACCAUCUCAGACUCCCAUGACCAAUGCUCCAGUUCUUCCAAACAAAUUGUGGAUCCUGCAUUACAUUCGGUUGAUGUUGUCCGUUCACAACCAAUCAAUCAUAGCACAACCAUCUUGGACUCCCUUCAGCUUCAGUUGCCUCCAUCAACUGACAUGCCCUUAGUUGAGCAUGGUCGAGGAAGUGCAUCUCUAUGCAUAGAAAGGCAAGAGGAGCUUCAUAGACAGAUACAUUGUUCUGGCCAACAAACUGAAGCACCAUUACAACAACCAAAUAUGACUGCAACUGUGCCGAUUGGGCAAUCUAGUCAACUGGUAUUGCACUUAUCACAGCCUCUUGUACAUCCAUCACCACUGAAUGCCAGUAUGCCACCAGAAAGACCACAUUCUGAGGAUUUGAGGAGCACUAGUAUGCAACCAGAAUCUGGAAGCCAUCUUUCUCAACUUUUUCCUAUGGCACCAUUGCUGCCGCCUCUGGGGCUUCAACCUGAACCACUUAAAAAUGAACUAACUAGACUUCGAAUACAUCAGGACUCACUCACCAAGUUGCAUGAUGAUAAGAAAGAGCAACUUGAAUUAGAGUGUGAUCAAGAGUUAGAGAGGGUAAGACAGAAGUAUGAUGCUUUACUUAAGGAUGCAGAAACAGAAUUUCUUCGAAAUAAGGAGAUGAUAGAGACAAUCUAUAACAAAGUUUACAUGAAUCAAAUUUUAGCUGAGGAGUUUAGAGCCAAAUUCAUUGAAAAUAAGGGACCAACUUCUGCAUCUUUUCAUGGUCAAUUUUCAAAUUCUUUGCAGUACUUUCUUCAGGCAUCCCGGAUGUCCCAGGCAUCCCAGCCACAGGUUGCCCAGAGGCCCGUGUCAGCCACAUUGGUACCUGCUUCAACUCCAGCUACUCUAUCUCCAGCCCCUGGCCCAGCACCAACUCCAUCUUUGCUUGCCUCGGCCAGAACUCGGGUCCCAGGUUCUGCCGGUACCUUGGUCUCUUCUGGUCAGGUGGUCCGCAAUACAACGUCUGUUGUCCUGAGCAAUGUGGCCAGACCUUGCUAUACUCAAACACUUACACCACGUGCAAACCUUCAAGCUGGAAGUGAGGCUCGCGCCCCUGCUCCACAUUUGCAUCGCUUCAGACCACACACAUCCAUGUCAGUACAAAAUCUUGUGAAACCAACCAAUGAGAUGAGCAGUCAGCAGUGGGCUUUUGCUAAUCUCGGUUCUGCAUCUUCCACCAGUGCACAAGCUGCUGCUCCUUCCCAUGUACGUCCAUCUUCCAUUACAAUUAAUGGAACUUGUCAGCCCGUCAGUUCAGGUAUAUUACCUGUUUGUCGUGGUUCCACUCUUGCCCCGGUUGACUUGCCUCUAGAUACUGGGGACCCCCAGAUUGGGGCUGAUCUGCAAAACCUAUCACAGUUGGCAGAUUUAAGCCCAAAUUUUGAUAGAUAUCUCUCAUCCAAUCUGGCUCUGAUUGGAGGUGAAUUGCCUCAGUCAUGUAUGGAUGCUGCAAGGCCCGUUGCUUCAGCAGAUGUGGUCUGCAUAUCAGAUGAUGACUGAUUAAUGGGGAGGAGGCAUCCUGAGUGCAACGUGCUCAUCACAAUUUUUUGUAUUAAAUUUAACAAAUUAAGCAUCCUGUCAGCCUUUCCACUUUUCGGGAAGAUAAGUGGUAAGCCCAACAUCGUUUACUGUGCCUGAAGCUGCUGAUAUUUUAUAGAGUUCAUAUGAGAGGCGAUCUUGUAUUCCACUGGAGAUGUGCGCUGAUAUUUUAUGGAGUUCAUCUGAGAGGCAAUCUUGUAUUCCACUGGAGCUAUGCAAACUUACGUGUUUCAGUUGGUAGGAUCUCGUUCCGAGGUCUGGGUUUACUGUGCUAUGCUUUGUAUGCUGGAUGUUGGCAAUCAGUGAAAGGCAUCGUUUUCCUUAAUAAAAUGUGUAUAUUUUUUGAUCCUU